AUGGGGACGGGGAGCGCGCGGGCGCUGGCCCUGGGGCUCGCCUUGCUUCUCGCCUGCUCCGACAUCACCGUCGUCACGGCGCAGGAGACCGAGCGGAUCGAAGGAAGCGCUGGUGAUGUGUUGGAAGAUAACCCUGUUGGGAGGCUCAAGGUCUAUGUCUAUGAUCUCCCCAGCAAAUACAACAAGAAGCUGCUGAAGAAGGAUCCUAGGUGCCUGAACCACAUGUUUGCCGCUGAGAUCUUCAUGCACCGGUUCCUGUUGUCAAGUGCUGUCCGAACUUUUAAUCCUGAGGAAGCAGAUUGGUUCUACACACCCGUAUACACAACAUGCGAUCUGACCCCCAAGGGCCUUCCCUUGCCUUUCAAGUCUCCUCGAAUGAUGCGUAGCGCAAUCCAGCUGAUUGCUAUGAAUUGGCCUUACUGGAAUAGAUCAGAAGGCGCUGAUCAUUUCUUUGUCACACCCCAUGACUUUGGUGCUUGCUUUCAUUAUCAGGAAGAGAAAGCAAUCGGACGGGGAAUCCUUCCCUUGCUUCAGCGUGCUACGCUGGUUCAGACCUUUGGACAGAAGAACCAUGUCUGCCUGAAGGAUGGUUCCAUCACCAUCCCACCAUAUGCUCCUCCUCAGAAAAUGCAGACUCACCUUAUCCCCGCAGACACCCCUCGAUCCAUCUUUGUGUAUUUCCGAGGUCUGUUCUAUGACACCGGCAAUGAUCCCGAGGGCGGUUACUAUGCAAGAGGUGCUCGUGCAUCAGUCUGGGAGAACUUCAAGAACAACCCGCUAUUUGACAUCUCGACCGAUCACCCACCAACAUACUAUGAAGACAUGCAGCGUUCAGUGUUCUGUCUGUGCCCAUUGGGCUGGGCACCAUGGAGUCCUAGGCUAGUGGAAGCGGUGGUCUUUGGCUGCAUCCCGGUGAUCAUCGCAGAUGACAUCGUCCUUCCCUUUGCGGACGCCAUCCCAUGGGAGGAUAUUGGUGUUUUCGUUGCUGAGGAGGAUGUCCCGCAGCUGGACAGCAUCCUGACAUCCAUUCCCACAGAUGUCGUACUGAGGAAGCAACGGCUCCUUGCGAACCCGUCGAUGAAGCAGGCCAUGCUGUUCCCCCAGCCUGCUCAGCCAGGAGAUGCAUUCCACCAGAUUCUUAAUGGUCUCGCGCGCAAGCUCCCGCACGGUAGCAAUGUCUUCCUGAAGCCCAGUGAGAAGUCUAUUCUCUCUGCCUGCCAAGAACGCCGCCAGUUGCCUACCACCUCUCCCGGACUACCUCUCCCGGACUCCGCGUUAAGCCUGAGCAACUGCCGAGAGUGGAGGGAAGGGAAGGCAGGCGCUCAGGCUAAUGGGGACGGGGAGCGCGACGGCGCAGGCGCUGGUGCUCGCCGCCUUGCCUUCCUCGCCUGCUCCGACGUCGCCGUCGUCGUGGCGCAGGAGACAGAGAGGAUCCAAGGAAGUGCUGGUGAUGUGCUUGAAGAUGAUCCUGUUGGAAGGCUCAAGGUAUAUGUCUAUGAGUUGCCCCCCAAGUACAACAAGAACAUACUGGCAAAAGAUUCGCGAUGCCUCAGCCACAUGUUUGCUACAGAGAUAUUCAUGCAUCGCUUCCUAUUGACGAGCGCGGUCCGGACUUUGAAUCCGGACGAAGCUGAUUGGUUCUAUACUCCAGUAUACACAACCUGCGACCUUACACCUUGGGGUCAUCCCUUGACUACGAAGUCUCCACGAAUGAUGAGAAGUGCGAUUCAGUAUAUUUCAAAGCGUUGGCCCUACUGGAACAGGACGGAGGGAGCAGACCAUUUCUUUGUCACGCCGCAUGACUUUGGAGCAUGCUUCUAUUUCCAGGAAGAGACGGCCAUCCAGCGAGGUGUCCUUCCGGUGCUGCGCCGUGCUACGCUGGUCCAGACUUUUGGGCAGAAGAAUCAUGCGUGCCUCAAGGAAGGCUCCAUCACCAUCCCACCGUAUGCUCCUCCUCAUAAGAUGAGAACUCACAUUGUUCCACCAGAGACCCCUCGGUCAAUCUUUGUCUACUUCCGUGGUCUGUUCUAUGAUACUGCAAAUGAUCCCGAGGGCGGUUACUAUGCAAGGGGCGCCCGUGCGUCAGUAUGGGAGAACUUCAAGAACAACGCUCUGUUCGACAUCUCGACAGAGCACCCACCAACCUACUACGAGGACAUGCAGCGCGCCAUCUUCUGCCUGUGCCCACUGGGGUGGGCGCCAUGGAGCCCCCGCCUGGUGGAGGCCGUGGUGUUCGGCUGCAUCCCCGUGAUCAUCGCCGACGACAUCGUGCUCCCCUUCGCGGACGCGAUCCCGUGGGAGGAGAUCGGCGUGUUCGUGGCCGAGGACGACAUCCUGAAGCUGGACACCAUCCUGACGUCCAUACCCAUGGAGGAGAUCCUCCGCAAGCAGCGGCUGCUGGCGAACCCAUCGAUGAAGCAGGCGAUGCUGUUCCCGCAGCCCGCGGAGCCGAGGGACGCGUUCCACCAGGUGCUCAACGGGCUGGCGCGGAAGCUGCCCCACGGCAAGGGCGUGUUCCUCAAGCCCGGGCAGAAGGUGCUCAACUGGACCGAGGGACCCGGGAUGACCUCAAGCCGUGGUAGGUGUAUAGUAUAG